AGCCCGCUGCGGUGAAAGGACUCAACAAGGGAUCUUUAAAUCCGCACAAAACGCCUGGAAAACCGGAACAUUUGGGAUUAAUUGUAUCAGGAAUCCUUAAUUGGACGCACAGGAGGAAGUCACAGAGGCUCGUUUCCAUUCUGAAAUUGUUCCUCACACCUUGCUAUCAUUAUGGACUCCUCUCCAGUCCUUCGUCAGCAAAGUCAGAACAAAAUCCGCACUGACUUUAUGAGAAUGAAGAAUGUACAUAACAAAAUGCCAGCACAUCCAAAGCCUUCCAAACUCCUGUCCGCACCUCACCCUCCCAACCAGGAUAUUGAGAACAAGAAUCCAGGAAACUCAGAAAUCGAUAAGAAGGCACCUGUGCGAGCAGGUGUAAGUAGGCUUCCAGUGCUCGCAAAGUCCCUUCGUCUUCAGACUCCCUCCGACUUCAGUCAGUCUCACUGUAGGUGGGAGGAGAAACCUCUGGCUGGGAAAACUAAGAAGAAAAAGCCGUGCACCAGGCCUAUACCUUUCAACCUGUCGCAGCCCAAGAGCUCAAGAAUGGCCACUGAAAACCAACAGCUCCUGACCGUUUCACAGUCAAGAACUGGCGCUCAUGUUGUUAACAAUGUAUGCAAUGGUCGUCUGAAAACCCAACACAUUAUUGCAAAACCUACUAAACAUCCAGCUACCUUAAACAGCCACGUGGACUCAACCAAAGGUUCAGGGGAGUGUAAUGGAAAGGCUACAGAAGAAAAUGCACCCCAGCUGUCAGGACAGUCAGGGCCUUCCAACACAUUUAAGGCUUCAGCCACUUUGUCCCAUCCUCUCUCAUCCCUUCCUGAUAAUGCAGUUCAACAGAGCGGCACCACUUCUUCUGCGAAGUCUGCUUUUAACGCAGAAGCCUGUUUGGAUAACAUGAACCGGCUCAGUCUCAAAGAUCAAACCAAGACGUCCCAUCCGAGUCAAAACACGCAGCUCACCGCGCAGGGCAAUUUCUCCAAAAGUUCAACCGACAAAGUGGAGAACUUCCAGUCUGACCAUGCGGCUUUGCUCAGUAUCCUCCGGAAUGAGGGAGUAAGUGCCACAGGUCUGGGAUCUGCAACUCCACAGUCCAAACCCUAUAACUAUCUGCCCAAGCGAGUGUCUGUCAUGAAGAGUCAGCAAAAAUCCGGACCCACUACAGGAUCAAUGAAGUUGGUGCAGUUCUCCCCGGACUCCGCUGCACUGCAAAGUAUCCUGCAGAAUGAAGGAGUGAAGGUCGGAGGGCCUGUGGGGGCCACACCCAAAAACUCUGCCCGUCCGUCAGGCAGAGGCACUUCAGUCUACACAGCUCAGAGAGUGCCGGCUAGAAAGAAUCAUGCAGAGGCACCCGGAGGACCAGCAGGAUCAAUGAAGUUGGUGCAGUUCACUCCGGACUCCGCUGCACUGCAAAGUAUCCUGCAGAAUGAAGGAGUGAAGGUCGGAGGGCCUGUGGGGGCCACACCCCUAAACUCUGCCCGUCCGUCAGGCAGAGGCACUUCAGUCUACACAGCUCAGAGAGUGCCGAAUAGAAAAAACCGUGCAGAGGCAACCGGAGGACCAGUAGCAGGAGUGCUCAAAGAGAGUCCGCUGAAGAAAUGGACUCCACAGAGAGUCCGCGACACCAGGCAUCAGCCCAUGUCUGCUAUGAAAUGGCAUCUGUCGACACAUCAGUCACCAUACGCCGGCACCCCCGGAGUGCGGGUGUGCAAAACCAACCCUCAGCCGUGCCAGGAGCAGGAGGUUGUCCAGAGAUUAUUUGAUGAUCAAGAGGACGAGCAGAGUGCGAACGUGACAGACAAAGAUCCUGAGACACAAGCAGAGCAGCUCCCAGUUCGAGCCACGACUACUAAAUCCCACUGUGAAGAAAAGGUAAAGACGAGCAGCGACGAGGACGAGGACGAGGAGCAGAGGAUUGUGGGAGGACAGCCAUUCCUCCAAGCACCGCAAAGAGAGUCUGUCAUUUUUUUCUCAACGGGAAAAAAGCUGUUAAGAGCCCCACGUUUUGUGCAGCAGGAGAGCUCGGACCAUCACGAGCAGCAUGGCCCGUUUUCAUCAGAACAGAGGAAGGUGCUGCCAGUACACGAAGAGGCGUCGCCUGUGUCGGAACCGACCAGUCGUAUCAACCCUCCUGUUCAGAGUCUGCACAGAGGCCACAUUGUUCAGAAGACUUGUAGUCUGAGUCCUGCAGUGGCGAUGCUGCGUAAGCGUCUUCCUCCUCUGGAAGAGCUGCGCAUGGACGAGGAGGUGGCCACCUACACCUCGGCGUCUGUCCUGGCUACUCCUGGGUUUCUCCCCUCUCGGCCCCGCUGUGGAAACCCGCUGGCCUCCAUCCUGCACUUUGAAGAGGCCUCUAGAUUUGUUCCAAUCGGCUGCGAUCUCUCGUCUGGACCUUCCUCUCCACAGAGCUCUCCACUGCAGGAGAGAUAACUUGCACUACAAGUACAGUAUUUGUUGUACUGUGAAUAUCCAGAGUGGAUAAGCUUACUCUGAAACUGAACUUUUUUUCUUUAAUGGAACUCAAGUGAUGUUUGUCCAACACUGUUGUUACUGGCCUUAAAACAAGUCCAAAGAAAGCUGCUGGUGUUGUUUUUUAGAAACCAUCAACCUUUUUGUCCUAUAAAUGUUAAUGAUAGCUGUUAGUAGAUGCUUUCUAAAAAAUAAAAUAAAGGUUAUUUCUGUUUAAUAAUGCAUCUUUUACACUGCAGGCACUCAUGUAGAUGCACAAUUAUUAGAAACAAUGUCUAUGACUGAAUCAAGAACGAAUUAUUGAAAAAAUAAAUGUUUAAAAGGUCACUGAAGACUCUGGAUGUAAUCAGUGUUAUAGCUACAGUAAACAUAUAGAUUAGAAUGAUCAGAGCAUUGAUAUUGGAUGUUUUUUAACACCCCAGACUCUUUUUGUGCGGGCUGAUUAAUGUUUUUGAUGUACAGUGUUUAUAAUA